UCAUAUUCACUUGAGAACUCAGUAAAGUAAGGAGACACGAUGGCUAAGUUUGCUGUGGCUAAUCUCUUGAUCCUUCUUUUGAACUUGGGCGCUUUGCUCACUUCACUUGCUUGUCCCUCUUGCCCUUACACACCUCACCCUAAACCGCCGAAGCGUCCUCCAAUAAAGCCACCAAAGCCUCCUGUGACUCCUCCAAUAAAGCCACCAAAGCCUCCUAUAAAGCCACCAAAGCCUCCUGUGACUCCUCCAAUAAAGCCACCAAAGCCUCCUAUUAAGCCACCAAAGCCUCCUGUGACUCCUCCUAUAAAGCCACCAAAGCCUCCUGUGACUCCUCCAGUAAUACCAAUACCACCAACUCUUCCUCCACCAAAGCCUCCAGUGACUCCUCCAGUAAUACCAACACCACCAAUUCUUCCUCCACCAGAGCCUCCAGUAAUACCAACACCUCCAAUCGAGAAGCCACCACCAACACCACCAAAGCAAGAGACUUGCCCCAUUGACACUCUCAAGUUAGGCGCAUGUGUGGAUGUCCUAGGUGGACUAGUCCACAUUGGUAUUGGCAGUAGUGCCAAGGAUGAAUGCUGCCCACUGCUGGAAGGUCUUGUAGACUUGGAUGCUGCUGUAUGUCUUUGCACCGUUAUCAAGGCUAAGCUUCUCAACAUCAAUCUUAUUCUACCCAUUGCUCUUGAGCUCCUUGUUGAUUGUGGCAAGAACCCACCUGAAGGGUUCAAGUGUCCUUCCUAAUUAGAUAAUUAGGUUCUGGUGUAACAUACAGACGAUACAUGUGUGUGGGCUUGAAAUCAUAAAGAAUAACUGCACUAGCUAGGGAUCUUCAUGUGUCUAACUGCGCGAGAGAUCUUCAAGUGGCUAGAAUGAAGCAUACUUCAAUAGGAUAUCCUGUGUUUUGUUCUCCUAGUUGAUUUUCUUAUGUUCCUCUUUUCCCUUUACGAUAUAAUAUACUGUCUUAAUUUGCUUUGCU